AUGUUGAUCAACCGCCUCAUUGCCGCCGCGGCGCGACCCUCCCUCUUGGCCCCUCUGCCUCGACUCGCGCCUCGCUCAUUGCCCCUACUCCGCACCUACGCCUCCUCCCCAACCCCCAACAGCUUCCCACAACUCCCACCGGGAUUCGAAAAGCUCGCCCACUCCCCCUCCGCCCUGUCGGCCAUCACGAAUCUCGUCGAAGUGAUGAAGCAGAACGGCGUCGAUCUGCACACGGGUGAGAAACCGAGCAUGUGGCAGAUGGUCAAGCUGGCCCGCAACCAGGAGGUGCGCGAUGCUACCACGAAAGUGAUGGAGGAGCUCAAGAAUGCUGGUGUUGAUGUCUCGCCGGAGAGGCUGCAGAGCAUUAUGAACAGCUCUGGGGGAAUCUUCGGCGGGGACAAGGGAGACGGCGGGAAGAAGGAGUAG